UCACUCACUCUCUUCUGAUCCACUACGACACCACGCAAUGGCGCCCACAACAACGGAGACUCAGGCCCUCGCAGCUGCUGCGACAACCACGGCGGCAACGAAACCGCACUUCAUCCUGGUCCCUCUCCCGGCGCACGGCCACGUGAUCCCCAUGGUCGACCUGGCCCGCCUCCUGGCCUCCCGCGGCGCGCGCGCCAGCCUGCUGACCACGCCCCUCAACGUGGCGCGCCUGCGCGGCACCGCGGACGCCGGCCAGGCCGCGCGCUUCAGGGCGCCCCUGGACCUGGAGCUCGUCGAGCUCCCGUUCUCGCCGGUCAACUUCGGCCUGCCCCCGGACUGCCAGAACGCCGACAAGGUCACCGACAACGCCCAGUUCCACUCCUUCCUCCUGGCUGUGCGCGAGCUCGCCGGCCCGUUCGAGGCCUACGUGCGCGCGCUGGAGCACCGGCCGAGCUGCAUCGUCUACGACUGGUGCAACUCCUGGACGGCCGCCGUCGCCGGCAGCCUCGGCAUCCCGCGGCUCUUCUUCCAGGGCCCGUCGUGCUUGUACUCGCUCUGUGACCUCAUGGCCUACGAGCACCGGCUGCGGGAGAAGGUGGCCGCCGCGGAUGGGGACGAGGAGACGAUGCACGUCGUGCCGGGAGUUCCGGUGCCCGUGAAGGUGACCAAGGAGACGGUCCCCGGGUGGUUCUACGCCCACGGAUGCGAGUGGCUGCUGGACGAGGCCAUGGCGGCCAUGCGCACGGCGGACGGCGCGGUGGUCAACACCUUCUUGGAGCUCGAGGCGGACUUCGUCGCGUGCUACGAGGCUGCUCUCGGCAUGCCGGUGUGGACGCUCGGCCCGUUCUGCCUCGUCAACAACCGGGACGACGACGCCGAGGACAAACCCCGCGGCAGCGAGAGGGUGAUCACCGCGUGGCUGGACGCGCAGGCGCCCGGCUCCGUCGUCUACGUGAGCUUCGGCAGCGUCGCGCGGAAGCUUCCGAGGCAGCUGGUCGAGGUCGGCCACGGGCUGGAGGACUCCGGGGAGCCGUUCCUCUGGGUGGUGAAGGAGUCCGAGCUGGCAUCGCCUGGCGUGAGGCCAUGGCUGGACGCCCUGGAGGCGCGCACGGCGGGGCGCGGCCUCGUGGUGCGCGGCUGGGCGCCGCAGCUGGCCGUCCUCUCGCACCGCGCCGUGGGGGGCUUCGUGACGCACUGCGGGUGGAACUCGCUGCUGGAGUCCAUCGCACACGGCGUGCCGGCCGUGACGUGGCCGCACUUCGCCGACCAGUUCGUGAACGAGCAGCUCGCCGUGGACGUGCUCGGUGUCGGCCUGCCGGUCGGGGCCACGACGCCCGUGAUGAUCUUGGGCGACGACGCGGCCGCGCCGGUGAAGCGGGGCGACAUCGCGCGGGCCGUGUCGGCGCUCAUGGGCGGAGGGGAGGAGGCGGAGCAGAGGAGGAGGAAGGCCAAGGAGUUGGGAGAGAAAGCUCGCGGCGCUAUGGAGGAAGGAGGCGAUUCGUAUGAGAAGCUUACACGGCUGAUCGAAAGCUUCGAGCACGCGGGUGGAGGCCCGGCACGCUAAUUGAGAUAUUAUGCUACCUACUGUUUCGUAGUACUGUUGCUACUGUAACAAAUAGUACGAGUUAUACGAAAAAAAAUAGUACAAGUAAUGCUUCUUGCGCAUCAGAUGAUCGAUCGGUGUGGUUAUCGGCUCUUGAUCUAUGCAAAGUACUACUAUCUCUGUU